UCAACAAAACUACAGUCUGCCACUUUUGGCUUGGAGCACAUCUUUAGAGAAAUGGGACAGAUCUAUGAAGCCCAUGCAUCUCUGCAGAAACAAACAACAAGGGGACAAACUGACUGGUCUAAAUACCCUGAGCUGGCUGCAGAGCUGAUGAUAUCAGGACACCCAAUGGAGCUGAUGGAUGGUGAUGCAGGUCAUGUGCCUUCAACGUGGAUCUCUAGUCUUUUAGAUGAGGUCAUCAAGAAACUGGGCGACAAGAGAGUUUUUGUUUUGUCAGUGCUGGGUGUACAAAGCAGUGGAAAAUCAACAACGCUGAAUGCCAUGUUUGGGUUACAGUUUGCAGUGAGUGCUGGCAGGUGCACCAAGGGUGCCUUCAUGCAGCUGGUCAAAGUUUCAGAUGAGAUCAAGAAAGACUUUCACUUUGACUACAUUCUAGUGGUGGACACUGAAGGACUGCGCGCUCUUGAGUUGGAGGGUAACACCAGUCUUCACCACGACAAUAAACUGGCAACAUUUGUUGUUGGUCUGGGAAACAUGACACUGAUCAACAUCUUUGGAGAGAAUCCAGCUGAGAUGCAAGAUGUUCUGCAGAUUGUUGUUCAGGCUUUCAUAAGGAUGAAAAACGUUGAACUUUCUCCAAGUUGUGUGUUUGUCCACCAGAAUGUUACAAAAAUCCAGCUGCAGAGAAAAACUUGAAUGGAAAAACACUGUA